UUCUUAGUGUCUAGCUUCACAUAGGUUCAGACACCUGAGAUGGCGAACGAGAAUUGUGGAGAGAAACAAAUGCAAGAACGCAUUCGGUUGAGAGUAGUAGAGAGGGUGCGUACUUUUGUGAAUGUUCUGUCAAAAAUAACAGCACAUUGCAGAAUCGGAAAACCGACGAUUGUUUCAUGGUAACCGAAGAUCUUCAUAACCGGAUUACAAGGGUUGACAUUCAAUCCGAAACUCGUUAGUUGUCUUCAGACUCAUUUUAUGUGUCGUGAGUGAAAUAAGGAAAACAUGACGGAGCUAAGGAAGAGAGGAGCAGGGGAUCCUGACAGCGUUAGUGACAAGGAGGCAGAUGGAGAGGACAGACUGGAUCUGCCAGGUGAGGCCGGAGGAGACUGUGACGGAGAGUAUAAAGCAGACACCCCAUGCGUUCCUCCCUCCACAGCAGACAACACUCCUCAGUUCCUCAAAGAGGCCGUGGAGGGCCUCAACCCCAGAUGGAAGAACUGCUGUAUACGAGGGGUUCUAUCCAUGGCCAUGAUAUCAGGAUUCUUCAUGAUGAUCUACCUGGGACCUAUCAUGCUCAUAGUAGUGGUGAUGACCAUCCAGAUCAAGUGUUUUCAGGAGAUCAUAGAUAUCGGCUACAGAGUCUACCAUUCCUACGAGUUACCAUGGUUCAGGACACUCAGCUGGUACUUCCUGGUUUGUGUGAACUACUUCUUCUAUGGUGAGACGUUGGCGGAGUACUUUGGUGCGUUGGUGCAGAGAGAAGAGCCGCUCCAGUUCCUGGUCCGAUACCAUCGAUUUAUCUCCUUCGCCGUCUACCUGGCAGGUUUCUGCAUGUUUGUUCUGAGUUUAGUGAAGAAGCAUUACCGUCUACAGUUUUAUAUGUUUGCGUGGACCCAUGUGACCCUACUGAUAGUGGUGACUCAGUCUCACUUGGUCAUCCAGAACCUGUUUGAAGGAAUGAUCUGGUUCCUCGUCCCGGUCUCCAUAGUGAUCUGCAAUGACAUCAUGGCCUACCUGUUUGGUUUCUUCUUUGGCAGAACACCACUCAUCAAGCUGUCUCCCAAGAAGACGUGGGAGGGAUUCAUAGGAGGGUUCUUCGGAACCCUGGUCUUUGGAUUCAUACUGGCAUACCUGCUAGCUCAGUUUCAGUAUUUUGUCUGUCCCGUGGAAUACAACAGUGAGACCAACCGUUUCACUGCGGAGUGUGAACCCUCGGACAUCUUCGUAAUGCACGAGUACACAUUGCCCUUCACUCUCCAGAACAUCCUCAGAUGGAAAACAGUGAACAUCUACCCAUACCAGAUCCAUAGCGUGGCGCUCUCCACCUUCGGCUCUCUCAUUGGUCCUUUUGGAGGAUUCUUCGCCAGCGGAUUCAAGCGGGCGUUCAAGAUUAAAGACUUUGCAGACACCAUCCCUGGUCACGGGGGCAUCAUGGAUCGCUUCGACUGUCAGUAUCUGAUGGCUACCUUCACUCACGUUUACAUAGCCAGCUUCAUCAGAGGUCCCAACCCCAGCAAGGUGUUACAGCAGCUGUUGGUCCUGCAGCCAGAGCAGCAGCUCAGUAUCUUUAACGCCAUGAGAGACCGCCUGAGAGACAGUGGAAUACUGCCCCCUGCUGCCACGGAGGCCAUGUAGAACACACAUACAAGAGGGGGGAGAUUGUGUGUGUGUGUGAGAGAGAGAGGAAGAGUUUGGCUGUGUGUGUGUGUGUGUGGCCUGCACCUUCUUCCAGACACUCAUCCCUCAUCUGUCCAUCGUCUUGUUUUUUUUUCUUGUUUUUAACUAGUCAUUACUGUGAACUAAGAUGUUGCUCCCAGCAUCAAGGAGUUAUCAAUAACAGCAGCAACAACAACACGUUCAGACUGUCAUAGCUACCACUGGGACCUGCAUGAGUACCUAACUACACCAUCAAACUGCAUCAACGGACCGUUAUUCUACCAAGCUAGCUAGCAGCAGCAUCAACGGACCGUUAUUCUACCAAGCUAGCUAACAGCAGCAUCAACGGACCGUUAUUCUACCAAGCUAGCUAGCAGCAGCAUCAACGGACCGUUAUUCUACCAAGCUAGCUAGCAGCAGCAUCAACGGACCGUUAUUCUACCAAGCUAGCUAACAGCAGCAUCAACGGACCGUUAUUCUACCAAGCUAGCUAACAGCAGCAUCAACGGACCGUUAUUCUACCAAGCUAGCUAGCUAGCAGCAUCAACGGACCGUUAUUCUACCAAGCUAGCUAGCAGCAGCAUCAACGGACCGUUAUUCUACCAAGCUAGCUAGCAGCAGCAUCAACGGACCGUUAUUCUACCAAGCUAGCUAGCAGAAGCAUCAACGGACCGUUAUUCUACCAAGCUAGCUAGCAGAAGCAUCAACGGACCGUUAUUCUACCAAGCUAGCUAGCAGAAGCAUCAACGGACCGUUAUUCUACCAAGCUAGCUAGCAGAAGCAUCAACGGACCGUUAUUCUACCAAGCUAGCUAGCAGCAGCAUCAACGGACCGUUAUUCUACCAAGCUAGCUAGCAGAAGCAUCAACGGACCGUUAUUCUACCAAGCUAGCUAGCAGAAGCAUCAACGGACCGUUAUUCUACCAAGCUAGCUAGCAGAAGCAUCAACGGACCGUUAUUCUACCAAGCUAGCUAGCAGAAGCAUCAACGGACCGUUAUUCUACCAAGCUAGCUAGCAGAAGCAUCAACGGACCGUUAUUCUACCAAGCUAGCUAGCAGCAGCAUCAACGGACCGUUUUUCUACCAAGCUAGCUAGCAGCAGCAUCAACGGACCAUUAUUCUACCAAGCUAGCUAGCAGAAGCAUCAACGGACCGUUAUUCUACCAAGCUAGCUAGCAGCAGCAUCAACGGACCGUUAAUCUACCAAGCUAGCUAGCAGCAGCAUCAACGGACCGUUAUUCUACCAAGCUAGCUAGCAGAAGCAUCAACGGACCGUUAUUCUACCAAGCUAGCUAGCAGAAGCAUCAACGGACCGUUAUUCUACCAAGCUAGCUAGCAGAAGCAUCAACGGACCGUUAUUCUACCAAGCUAGCUAGCAGAAGCAUCAACGGACCGUUAUUCUACCAAGCUAGCUAGCAGCAGCAUCAACGGACCGUUAUUCUACCAAGCUAGCUAGCAGAAGCAUCAACGGACCGUUAUUCUACCAAGCUAGCUAGCAGAAGCAUCAACGGACCGUUAUUCUACCAAGCUAGCUAGCAGAAGCAUCAACGGACCGUUAUUCUACCAAGCUAGCUAGCAGAAGCAUCAACGGACCGUUAUUCUACCAAGCUAGCUAGCAGAAGCAUCAACGGACCGUUAUUCUACCAAGCUAGCUAGCAGCAGCAUCAACGGACCGUUAUUCUACCAAGCUAGCUAGCAGCAGCAUCAACGGACCGUUAUUCUACCAAGCUAGCUAGCAGAAGCAUCAACGGACCGUUAUUCUACCAAGCUAGCUAGCAGAAGCAUCAACGGACCGUUAUUCUACCAAGCUAGCUAGCAGAAGCAUCAACGGACCGUUAUUCUACCAAGCUAGCUAGCAGAAGCAUCAACGGACCGUUAUUCUACCAAGCUAGCUAGCAGAAGCAUCAACGGACCGUUAUUCUACCAAGCUAGCUAGCAGCAGCAUCAACGGACCGUUAUUCUACCAAGCUAGCUAGCAGAAGCAUCAACGGACCGUUAUUCUACCAAGCUAUCUAGCAGAAGCAUCAACGGACCGUUAUUCUACCAAGCUAUCUAGCAGAAGCAUCAACGGACCGUUAUUCUACCAAGCUAGCUAGCAGCAGCAUCAACGGACCGUUAUUCUACCAAGCUAGCUAGCAGCAGCAUCAACGGACCGUUAUUCUACCAAGCUAGCUAGCAGAAGCAUCAACGGACCGUUAUUCUACCAAGCUAGCUAGCAGAAGCAUCAACGGACCGUUAUUCUACCAAGCUAGCUAGCAGAAGCAUCAACGGACCGUUAUUCUACCAAGCUAGCUAGCAGAAGCAUCAACGGACCGUUAUUCUACCAAGCUAGCUAGCAGAAGCAUCAACGGACCGUUAUUCUACCAAGCUAGCUAGCAGCAGCAUCAACGGACCGUUAUUCUACCAAGCUAGCUAGCAGAAGCAUCAACGGACCGUUAUUCUACCAAGCUAGCUAGCAGAAGCAUCAACGGACCGUUAUUCUACCAAGCUAUCUAGCAGAAGCAUCAACGGACCGUUAUUCUACCAAGCUAGCUAGCAGAAGCAUCAACGGACCGUUAUUCUACCAAGCUAGCUAGCAGAAGCAUCAACGGACCGUUAUUCUACCAAGCUAGCUAGCAGCAGCAUCAACGGACCGUUAUUCUACCAAGCUAGCUAUCAGAAGCAUCAACGGACCGUUAUUCUACCAAGCUAUCUAGCAGAAGCAUCAACGGACCGUUAUUCUACCAAGCUAGCUAGCAGCAGCAUCAACGGACCGUUAUUCUACCAAGCUAGCUAGCAGAAGCAUCAACGGACCGUUAUUCUACCAAGCUAGCUAGCAGAAGCAUCAACGGACCGUUAUUCUACCAAGCUAGCUAGCAGAAGCAUCAACGGACCGUUAUUCUACCAAGCUAGCUAGCAGAAGCAUCAACGGACCGUUAUUCUACCAAGCUAGCUAGCAGCAGCAUCAACGGACCGUUAUUCUACCAAGCUAGCUAGCAGCAGCAUCAACGGACCGUUAUUCUACCAAGCUAGCUAGCAGAAGCAUCAACGGACCGUUAUUCUACCAAGCUAGCUAGCAGCAGCAUCAACGGACCGUUAAUCUACCAAGCUAGCUAGCAGCAGCAUCAACGGACCGUUAUUCUACCAAGCUAGCUAGCAGAAGCAUCAACGGACCGUUAUUCUACCAAGCUAGCUAGCAGAAGCAUCAACGGACCGUUAUUCUACCAAGCUAGCUAGCAGAAGCAUCAACGGACCGUUAUUCUACCAAGCUAGCUAGCAGAAGCAUCAACGGACCGUUAUUCUACCAAGCUAGCUAGCAGAAGCAUCAACGGACCGUUAUUCUACCAAGCUAGCUAGCAGCAGCAUCAACGGACCGUUAUUCUACCAAGCUAGCUAGCAGAAGCAUCAACGGACCGUUAUUCUACCAAGCUAUCUAGCAGAAGCAUCAACGGACCGUUAUUCUACCAAGCUAGCUAGCAGAAGCAUCAACGGACCGUUAUUCUACCAAGCUAGCUAGCAGAAGCAUCAACGGACCGUUAUUCUACCAAGCUAUCUAGCAGCAGCAUCAACGGACCGUUAUUCUAUCAAGCUAGCUAACAGCAGCAUCAACGGACCGUUAUUCUACCAAGCUAGCUAGCAGAAGCAUCAACGGACCGUUAUUCUACCAAGCUAGCUAGCAGCAGCAUCAACGGACCGUUAUUCUACCAAGCUAGCUAGCAGAAGCAUCAACGGACCGUUAUUCUACCAAGCUAGCUAACAGCAGCAUCAACGGACCGUUAUUCUACCAAGCUAGCUAGCAGAAGCAUCAACGGACCGUUAUUCUACCAAGCUAGCUAGCAGCAGCAAUAACGGACUGUUAUUCUACCAAGCUAGCUAGCAGAAGCAUCAACGGACCGUUAUUCUACCAAGCUAGCUAGCUAGCAGCAUCAGCUGACCGUUAUGCUACCAAGCUAGCUAGCAGAAGCAUCAACGGACCGUUAUUCUACCAAGCUAGCUAGCAGAAGCAUCAACGGACCGUUAUUCUACCAAGCUAGCUAGCAGAAGCAUCAACGGACCGUUAUUCUACCAAGCUAGCUAGCAGAAGCAUCAACGGACCGUUAUUCUACCAAGCUAGCUAGCAGCAGCAUCAACGGACCGUUAUUCUAUCAAGCUAGCUAACAGCAGCAUCAACGGACCGUUAUUCUACCAAGCUAGCUAGCAGAAGCAUCAACGGACCGUUAUUCUACCAAGCUAGCUAGCAGCAGCAUCAACGGACCGUUAUUCUACCAAGCUAGCUAGCAGAAGCAUCAACGGACCGUUAUUCUACCAAGCUAGCUAGCAGAAGCAUCAACGGACCGUUAUUCUACCAAGCUAGCUAGCAGCAGCAUCAACGGACCGUUAUUCUACCAAGCUAGCUAGCAGCAGCAAUAACGGACCGUUAUUCUACCAAGCUAGCUAGCAGCAGCAUCAACGGACCGUUAUUCUACCAAGCUAGCUAGCAGAAGCAUCAACGGACCGUUAUUCUACCAAGCUAGCUAGCAGAAGCAUCAACGGACCGUUAUUCUACCAAGCUAGCUAGCUAGCAGCAUCAGCUGACCGUUAUGCUACCAAGCUAGCUAGCAGAAGCAUCAACGGACCGUUAUUCUACCAAGCAAACUACCAGCAGCAGCCGCAACCAAAAGUUAUGCUAACAAGCUAGCUAGCUAAAGACUAAAGGCUGCGUUGCUCUGAACAGAAGGUCUUCCUAAACAUAAUGGAUCCUAACUAAGCACACAGACAGGGGGACAGUGGGUGACUGACUGACAGUUUCUCUGUGGAUCUACGGAGAAUAUUGCACUGAUUUGAGCUGACUUGAAGAGACGUGGUAAAGCUUACAAUACAAGGCUAUCAGCAUAUCCUGGGUUAGUGUCUUGGUUAAUAAAAGCCACAGCAGGGUUGUAUUCACUAGACACCAAACGGAGGAAAACGGACUGAAAACAGGGAGGGACCGACCUGAAUUUGUCCAUUGCGAAAAGCCUGUUUCGCGUUCUGUUGCGUAGUGCUCCGGUGUGAAAUACGACCCAGAGGACAAAAGUGUGUUUUUGUAUGUCGGCUGCUCCCAACAUGUUUUCAAGAUACUAAAUACACUUGACUUAGGCUUUGGCCGUUAGUAUGAUCUGUCUAUCAGAGAUAAUGGUCUUCACUAAACUUAAUAUAGAACUUAUUUUUAAAUGAUAAAAAAAAUGUAAAACAUUCAGCAUGUUUCUAAGCUCUAUCGUUCAUUACUGCUGAAAACAUUGUCUCCCCCCCCCCCCCCCCCUCUCUCUAUGAACUUGUUUUAGGUAUUGGCAAUUGACCUCACCCUUGAGAUAGAUGGAGCUUGUGUGUAAGCUUGGAUGUAAACGAACAAACACAGUAACUAUAGCAACCAGCUCACUGUUCUUAUUUCCAAUGUAUUACUGUACAUAGAAUAUAUCAUAUAUUUAGCUGAACAAAGACCUAAUAUAAAAUCUGUGACUUGUCAAAAUAUACUAUUAUGAUAGCCCUAUUACAAACAAAACAAUUACAUGGGAUGUAAAUAAUAAUUUGAUAAUAUACCUAUAUAUAUAUAUAUAUACAUUGAGUGGACAAAACAUUAAGAACACCUUCCUAAUAAUGAGUUGCACCUCCCUUCGCCCCCCUUUUGCCUUCAGAAAAGCCUCAAUUCGUCGGGGAAUGGACUCUGCAAGGUGUCAAAAGCGUUCCACAGGGAAGCUGGCCUAUGUUGACUCCAAUGCUUUCCACAUUUGUGUCAAGUUGGCUGGUGGUUCUUUGGGUGGUGGACCAUUCUUGAUACACACAGGAAACUGUUGAGUGUAAUAAAAACCCAGCAGCGUUGCAGUUCUUGACACAAACCGGUGCUCCUGGCAUCUACUACCAUACCCCGUUCAAAGGCAUCGCUCUGGAGAAGAGCGUCUGCUAAAUGACUUAAAUUUAAAUAUUUUGUCUUGCCCGUCACCCUUUGAAUGGCACACACAUACAAUCCAUGUCUCAAUUGUCUCAAGGCUUACAAAUCCUUCUUUAACCCGUCUCCUCCCCUUCAUCUACACUGAUUUGAAGUGGAUUUAACAAGUGACAUCAAUAAGGGAUCAUAGCGUUCAACUGGAUUCACCUGGUCAGUCUGGCAUGGAAAGAGCAGGUGUUCCUAAUGUUUUGCACACUCAGUGUAUAUACACAUAAGUUGAACUGGUGUCUGCUGCUGUGGGAACGUGUGGGGUAACUUAAACAUUUACUUGAGAUUGUGAGAAUUAACUGUGUAUUUCCUUCCUGUCUAGCCUGUUAACCAAUGAGUUUAGUUGCACUGUAUUUGUAAUCCAGUGUCCAUUCCAACUGUGCUGAGCCACUCCCAAACGGUUCCAAUAUUCUACUUCUUACUAGACUCAAUGUUUUUGUCAAACUGUAAAGAAGAACAAUAUUUUAGAAGUCUACUUAUUUGUUUUGAAUUGCUCUUAAAGGGGUUAGAAAUUAUUUAAUUAAAAAGGUAGUAUACAAGUGGUAACAUUUGAUGUUAGGAUUACAGUGUGAGACGAAGUACAGUAGGGGUGUGUGUGUAUAUAUAUAAUACAUAUAAAAUAUAUUAUAUUAAGAAGAAUAGUUGUAUCUUUCAGCAAUAUUUUAUCUUUAAUAUGCAAAGGGUUGAUUUGAAUCUAUGACGAUAAUAUGGAUGAGAUUUCUGUGUUGGGCUGGUAUUCAAUCAAACACACAGUACAGGAAAAACUGAACUGUGGAAAAACAUUACUACUGUGCAAAACUUGCAAAAAUACAAUUUUAAGUCAUGUGAUUCAUAGACAAUGUUUACUGGGUGAAGAAAGAAUCAGAAAAUAAAACUCACUUUGAUUUGAAUGAGUUAAUGAAAGAUUGCUGGUUUUUGGUAUUGGAAAACUAUUUCCAGAUUUUAUUUUUUGGUCUUUUUUUGUGUGUCUUUUUUUCCCCGUCUUGUCUUUGAUUGAAUCGAACCCAUCUGUUCUGAUUAACAGAGAGAGAGAGAGAUCCUUCUUGAAACGUUUACCAAAGCACGGUCCAAAUUCUAGAUCCACUGACUCCCUUAAUGAAUGAUACAGUAACUCCUAGCCUGGCUAAACCAGACUGAAAGCUGGUGAGAGCAGCGUUCCAAUCUGGGUUCACCAGGCUAAGCAACUUCCAGGGCCAAGUCCCAAACAGACGGAGCCCUCCUUUGCUCUCCCUUGGCCCUUGUUCAACCCCUCUAGCUGAUCUGAAAUGACCUAGUGUGGGCAAGAGAUGGGCUUUUGUUUCGUUUGGGAUAAUGCCUAAGGUGUUAUAGGACACUAGCCUGGUCCCAGAUGUGUUUGUACUGCCUUGCCAUCUAAUAUGAUCAUUAUCACAAGACAUUAAAAUGGUCGUAGGAGUUGCAGGAACUCCCCUUUUUUAUGAACUGUGUGUGACCUGUGUACAGUAAUGUCUGUCUGUCACGUUGUCCUGUUCUCAGUACGUAUCCGUUUGUUGGGUAUGUCCUACUGGCAAACCAAAAGGAAAUUAGCCUGGUUUCAGAUCACAUUGUGCUGUCCUAGUGCAAACUCCUAUGGCAUGUCAUUGUCACGCUGCUGUCGGAGUUCACAGGACACCAGAAAACAGAUCUGGGGCCAGACUGACAGGAACUGCAAUGUCUGCUUUGUCGAUUUGAUUCUCCAGGUUUUUAAAAAUUUUAAUUGAUUUCUUCCAGAAGUACAUUUUAUUUUGUGCUUCCUGGCUUCUCCAUAUUGAAUUAAUAACUGUGGUGAGUUCUGUGGACUUUGGGACCGAUUCUAUAAUGUAUAAUUGUCGCGUCUAAAGCCUUCCCCAUGGCGUAAUGGCUUCUCUAUUGGUUCCUCCUUGGGAUAGCUUUACAGAUGUCUCUUUGUGGAAAACUUAACUGUCCACUCGCUUAUUAAAACACAACUUGUGGAUCAUACUCUCUUACAAAUAAAACGUUUAUUCAUUUUUUUUUUCCCCAAGUAGGAGAACCCUUUUUUUUGUUGUUCCGGGUAGAACCCUUUGGUGGUGAUAAAGGUGCUAUGUAGAACCUUGUGUUAGUGAAAGGAGAAAUUGUUAUUUUCAGAUGGUUCUCCUACUUGGGGAACAAUUGAAGAACCCUUUUCUGGUAACACCUUCUUUUCUAAGAGUGUACUGCAUGUGAUUUCAAAACCACACAGUCUGACCAAAAGUAGAGCUUGUGGUCACGCUUACGAGACUUUCUAAGCUAUGGUAAGUUAUUAUCAUAACUAAGUUAAGUUAGUAACUAACUUAACUAAGUUAUGGCGUGGUUAAAUUUGAUAAUAUUGUGAUUAUCAGUUCUGAUAAUAAUAUAUGAGCCCAAUACUGUUGGCAGCACAGUAGUAUUGCAACGAACUGGACCUAAAGUGUCAGAUAUUGUCAGGUAUUAUGCAUUUGAAAAAGUUGGGGGGUCUCAUGUCUUUAAUUGUUAUAAUUUUUCUUUGUUUUUUGCGGGGGUUGCUUAUGCAGAAUUGUAUUUUUUUUUCUAUAGAUGUUUAAAAAAAUAAUAAUUACAAAAAAUGUUAAACAAAAAAAUAUAUAAUUACAAAACACAUAAAACCAUAGGGACAUGUUUUCCUGAUAAAUGAUCUGCUAUUUCAUGAACAUGAUAUUCUGUUUGUGCCCUUAAGGAAACACAAGAAUUGUUCUCGUAUUUUUUAUUUUUCUCCAGCCUCGUUGCUAAGAUAAUUUGAUUAGUGUUUUAUUAUUUAAUACGGUCAUCCACUCCGUGAACACUGGCUCAUUGCUACAAUGUUUAAGGACCAGCAUUAAUAACACAGACACAAUACUUCAACAUAAUAUCUUACACUGUCUGGUUAAUCCCUCUUAUUUGUCCCUCGACAGUCUUGGUGACCUUCAAGUAGGUACAUGGAAUAGGAGGCCAUGCACUGUAAGGCUUUGUCCCAUAGGGGGUGCUCAAACGAGCUUUCCCACAGUGCAUCUGGGAGGGUUCCUAUUGACCCGUUCACAUCGGCAACACACAUCAAUCCUCCUGUGACAAACUCAUCCUAUGUAACCUUUUUAGGGGAGUAAAAAUAAAAUAUCUGAGAAAAACCCGUUAAA